AUGCAGUCUAGCCAGGUACGAUGCCAUGAUGGGCGUGGUGAAGAUAGCGAAUCAGCUGCUGAGCUUCGGGGGGCAAACUAUUCAAAGCCGGUCAUUAUAGGUCUAUAUGGUCUUCCGGGGUCUGGAAAAUCAUUUCUAUUAGCUCAGUUGGGGCGAAACCUCAAUGACAACUUUACAUGUCAUGAUGGCAGCCAGGUCAUUGCAGCUGUGACUCCAGGAGGCCUCGAAACAUUCAAAAGCUUGAAUGAAGAUCAGCAGAUCGAGUAUCGCGAGCGUGCCAUGGCCAAGGUGAAACAGGAAUGUUGUGAGACUGGGAAAUGUGCCAUAGUCGCCGGGCAUUCGAUGUUCUGGGCCGAGGAAGAGCAAGAUGGUCAAAUGGUUUGCACGCCAGCUGAUCUCAGGACGUAUACUCACAUCCUGUAUCUGGAUAUCCCGCCUGAGGUUAUCGCGGAAUAUCGGAUGAAUGAUGUGAGACGGAACCGUCCAGAUGCCUCAAUCGCUCAUUUGGCUAGAUGGCAGAAAGCCGAGAAAGAGAACUUAUUCUGCCUUUGCAGAUCGAACGAGAUCCUUUUCAUGACCUUGUCCCAAUACCAGACAUCUUUGCACAGCCUUAUCCCUCUCCUUCAAGACUUACACAAGCAUACAGAAGACUUCAACACCGCGCUCGCCGAGCAGCAGAUAGACCAGUUCAUUACCACUAGCUCCAAUCCACCAGAGACAGUGCUAGUAUUCGAUGCCGAUAAGACACUGGCUCCACAAGACAGCGGCAUCGUAUUUUGGGAGCGGGACCCUAAAUCUCCUACCAUGGAAGCCGGCAGCUCCCCGUUGAAGGAGAUCUUCAGCAGCCCUCUGCAGUAUUCGUACACUGCAUUCCGUCAAGCGACACUACUGUACGAGGCAGCGAUGAGCAACACCGUCUUCGAAACUCGCUGUGGGGAAGUGGCAGCCAAAAUCAAAAUGUACGCAGAGUUCGUGGACCUGUUGCAGCUAGUAAAGGGCCAGACCCAUGUUGGUGCACUUGUGGUUACCUGUGGACUCCGUCGAGUUUGGGAGAAAGUCCUCGAGGCAGAGGGAAUAUCGCAGACGGUAAAAGUCAUUGGCGGAGGACGCAUAUCGGAUGGAAUUGUUAUGACACCAGCAUUGAAAAAGGCACUGGUGGAACGCUUGCGGAACCAUGGUAAAAUGUAUAUCUGGGCAUUCGGAGAUAGUCCACUAGAUCUAGGAAUGCUAAUGGCGGCACACCAAGCUGUCGUCGUGACGGGUCAAGAAAACACGAGAAGCCGCAGUAUGGACGAAGCUUUAGCGGCGUGCAUCAGAAAGAACGGGUUUCGACCGCGACAGGUUCUUCUGCCCCCCUAUACAGCGCUUCGUCUCGAUGCAUCUCGGUUGCCUGUGGUAUACUUGACAGAGCAGUUCUUCAUGGCUUCGCUGUUCUUUCGCCGCCAACCCCUUCAUGUUCUUCAUGCUACAGAGUCCUCUGCGGCCAAAUUGCUCAUGACUCCAAUGCGCAAUGCAAUGCUAUCGGGUCCAGUGCUACGGGAAUUUCAUCGCCGAGUCGGAUGGUACCUUGCUAUAGAAUAUUGCACGCAGAUUCUUGGCAUCGAAAACUACCCAAUCGAUCAUGUUCAGGGCCACCAGACCAGUGGCUAUCAAGUUAUGCACGAGAAAGAGACCUUGAUUGUGCCCCUGAUGCGUGGUGGCGAGCCAAUGGCCUUUGGAGUAAAUGAUGCCUUUCCCCUUGCCAUGUUCCUACAUGCGAAGGUGACGAGUGAUAUCAGAACCGAUCAUCUACGGAAUUGCGCCACUGUCAUACUUGUUGACUCAGUGAUCAACACUGGCGAAUCAAUCUUGGAGUUUAUACAGCAUAUCCGGAGCCUAGAUUCCGCUAUUCGCAUUGUGGUGGUUGCUGGUGUAGUCCAGGCGCAAAGUGUAUCUUCGAGCGAGAUUGCGUAUGAACUUAGUCGAUUUCGACGGCUGUCUUUCGUUGCACUUCGGCUUUCGCAGAACAAGUUUACCGGAAAGGGAACCACCGAUACCGGGAAUAGAUUGUUUUCAACCAUCCAUUUAGCUUGA